AUGGUGAUCUUCAGUGUGUAUGUAGUCAACAAGGCUGGAGGUUUAAUUUACCAGUAUGACAACUAUGUGCCGAGAGCGGAGGCCGAAAAGACGUUUAGUUACCCUUUAGAUUUGGUGCUCAAGCAUCACGAUGAGAAAGUGCUUGUGUCGUUUGGGCAGAGGGACGGAAUCAAAGUGGGCCACGCAGUUCUCUCCAUAAAUGGGAUUGAUGUGAUGGGAAAGAGUACAGCGGAUGGCAAGGACAUUCUGGAAUACUUGAAAAACCCAUCCAAUUAUCCAGUUUCAAUUCGAUUUGGACGGGCCAAACUAAGCUCCAAUGAGAAACUGAUGUUGGCGUCUAUGUUCCAUUCGUUAUUUGCUAUCGGAUCACAGCUGUCUCCAGAGCCUGGAAGUUCAGGGAUUGAGAUGCUGGAAACGGACAUGUUCAAACUCCACUGUUUCCAGACUCUUACAGGAAUAAAAUUCAUAGUGUUGGCAGACCCGCGGCAAGCCGGCAUCGAUGCUCUCCUCAGGAAAAUAUAUGAGAUCUAUGCAGAUUUUGCUCUAAAGAAUCCAUUCUACUCACUCGAGAUGCCCAUCAGAUGUGAACUAUUUGAUCAGAACUUAAAAAGCGCCCUGGAGAUUGCAGAGAAGGCUGGCAACUUUGGAGCUGGGUCAUGAAGCAGAAAAGAAUCGUUUUUUUAGUUAUUGUUCAUUCAUAAAAAAAAAUGCUGUGUCCCAGUGACAAUACAAUGACUACACUGUAUAUACAUCUUGUUUUGUAAAUACUAUUAAACUCAAAUAAUAUUUCAAGUGACACGAUUGUUUGCAAGGUAGCUCAUAAGACCAUUGAAAAUGGUUGACUCUUCAGAGUAGGUUCAUAUCAUUGAGAGGCUGCUUGAGGAGAUAUGUCUCGAACGAAACGUCCAAAGUUGAACAGCAGUAAAUUAUCUGUAAAAAUGAGUGGGACUAGAAAUGAGAACUUGGAAACAUUGGAACUCGGAAAUGAUUAUUUGCCUUGAGGGUGGGGGAUCCACCCCAUUUAACUCGUUCCCUUGUUAAAUUAAUGAUGAGAUACAUAGACAGUGUAACAGUUUUUGGAUACAAGCAUGUUCCAAUUUUUUUUUGCUUAAUUUUACAUGCUGAAAAUAAUGUGAUUUGUAUAAAAUAAAAAAAAUCUAAUACGACAAA